ACCUCUAUCGCUGCUUGUUGCAUUCCGUUUUUUCGUGUUAUUCGUAAAAAGCAUUUUAACUUAGUUUAAACAAUAUGUAAAUAGUACGCGGUAGUGCAAGAACAUAAGCUUAAUUUUAACUCGUAAGCUUAGAAAAGCUAGUAAAAACAGCAAGUGGUGGGAAACACUCGGCUUAGCCCGGUGGAUGAAACUCGAAGCCGACGCAUAUUGGGCAACUGAAUAACGGAACCGACAACCAGGCGGAGGUGACACCUCAAAAAGCAACUCAACGGAUCGGUAGAAUGUCAAAUCAGGCCCAAAUCGACUACGACAAACAGUUCCAGGAUGACUUGGCCAAGGCAACGGCGCUUAGUCUCGAGCAGCAAGCCCUCGACGACUAUCGGCGGAACAAGAAGUAUGGCUCAGGCUACCCUCCAAGCACUGCUGGACGAGAUUACAAUGUUGCCCAGCGCAGUCAGAGCCUCAAUCAGGGGCGCAGGCAUUCGGAGGUUCACCAGGCCAUCAGUCCGUCAGCGACAAAUGUGGAUCGCUCGCGGACACCACCGGCGCAGGUUCCGGAUAACGACUUAAUCUGCUUCGCCAGUCCCACGAGCAAGCAACCAGAGAGUGCUACUCCCUUCGGGCGGCUCAUCGAGGAUCUGCAGCGAAUGCAAGUGCCGAGCAAUCCCCAGUCGGCCCUUGUGCCCAUGGGACCAGUUGCUGCGGCCCCUGUUCCGGUUCCCGCAUCGGCCCCUUACGGUUACCAUCCUCAGCAUCAGCCUCAGGCCGUUCAGGUGCAACCGCCUCCUUAUGGCAUGGUGGCGGGAGCACCUGGCAGCAUGCAGUUGGUGCCAUACCAGCCCGCUGCACAACAGCAACAGAGGCCCCUAAACAACGAAGAACUUCAGCGCCUUUACAGCAUGCCUGCGCAGAUGGCUGUGCAACCAGUGGCGCAGCCCAAUGCCUAUUUAUAUUAUCCGGGAGCAGUAGUCACUCCCUACACGGCGCCAAUAGUUCCCGGAUCGGCUGCCUAUAUGCCGCCACAAUAUCCCUCGCAAGGAUAUGGUUUCGCCGGGGCAUACACCCACAUGGAUCUAAGGCGUCCACAAUCGACGCCCGUAACGCCAGGUCCACCAACGAGUCAUCACAUUCAACCGUCCAACAAUCCUCCAGUUCCCUCUACCUCGUCCGCCGUGGAGGCAAACGGAGUGGCCUUCCAGGGACGACGUCCAGUGCCGUCGACUACCAGUGUUGGCUCAAAUUCCCGCCCUGGGAGUAAUGGACAGCGCAAGGGCAAUGAUUUAAUCGACCUCAAUCAGGAGGAUUACUCCCGUGUGAGUGUUCUGGAGGCAUUCGAUCCCCUGCUGAACGACAAUACUGGAAACGACAGCGCCUCCGACAGCACCUCCUACUAUGCGGAAUACGAUCCCUUCGACUUCCUGUACAGCGGUGACACUGGCACCCAGUACUCGGAUCCCAUGUACGAGGCUGUCAACCGAUGGGACAAAACUGCGGCCACCGUCAGUCCGAAUGUAAGCCUAAUUGGGUGGCGGCAAGACUAUUUGACCCAACCGUCACCAUCUACCUCGCAUCACGUGGAGCAGGAGAUACAAUUGUCGGAGAACGGAGAAUCGGGAAGCAUCUCGCCGCCGCCACCGUUGCCGCCGAGAAACCAGCAGCUAUAUGAAACAAAUCAGGCACCGGUGACCACUUCUAGGUCAGAUCACCAAACGACAAAGUUCACGGACAGUUACACCUCCAGCAUUCCCGCAAAUGUGGUACUGGAUCGACGGAAAACCUGCACGCGCCUCUACGAGUUAAUCAGCGAGCAGAGAACGGAUGACGCUGAGCUGUUGGAGUUCUACCAUAUGGUGAAGCAGCUAAGAGCACGCUAUCCGCACGACGAUGCACCUACCAAUGUGGGACAUGUGGUGGCCGCUGAGUUUAACUAUCACUAUAUAAUGGAUACCAGCAUUAAGGUUAUUGUGCAUCCGGCCCUGAACACGCUCCAGUCCCACGUUUUGGCCGCUUCGAUGGCCAAGGAGCAGGUGAAAGGAUACGGAACGCCUGUUACCUUUACAUGUGAUAUUGACUCGGUGGUGGCCCAGGUUGUGGCCCAGGCAUUGGCCUCGCUAGAGGGUCAGGUCAAGGGCACAGUCACCGAUUAUGUAGUCAAGCCGAUCGGUCUAUUGGAGUGGCUGGCGCCUACCUCUAAGCUCAGCCAGCUUGAGUGCGUUCACAACAGCUUUCAGCUGGAGAAGGAUGUGCACCUGGGUCUGUGUCUGAGCACGACAGCCAACAUGCAGGCAAUAGCUCGAACCGAAAGGGAUGACGAACACGAUGCAGACUUGCUACCGGAGCAACUGCUGCCCAACGAGGUUGUGCCCAUUGUUACCUACGACAACAUGAUGAUACUCAUCGAGACGCUCGAGAUGGAGAUCGAUAAGCUUGAGUCGGCGGCAGACGGAGCGCCCGGCCGCAGUGUGGUCAGCUGCUCCGGUGUGGUGCAGGCGGUGAAGGCCAUCUGUGCUCUGCUCGGCAGCAUCGAUACCAUGGAGAUAGCCCGCUGUGUCGCCGAUCUAAAGCGCAUUUGCGAGGUGGAGCAAACCAAGUACGCAGCGACGGGGGCCAGUAACCCGGAGAUAAUUAGUGACUAUGGUGACUAUGCACAAGUUGUGCUUCGUCCACGCUCCCUCCUCGAGCAGAUCAAGAUGAAGUGCAAUGAGCUACGAGAUGCUGUGCAGGAGCUGGUCGAGCUGUAUGCGAAUGUGUUCCGCGUGGCCUUCUCCGUAAAGACGCCCGAUUACACAACAACUCCCAUUCCCAUCUCCUGCGUGUCCAAGCCCAUCGUGGUCUGCAUAAGCUGCUUGCAUCGUCCGCCGCCCAACUGGAAGUACGAGGACUACUCUCUGUGCGUCCAAAUCGUGUAUGGAACGCGUCUGUUGUCCAAACCCAAUGUGCUGACCUGCUCGAACGACACGAGCGGAGGCCUGUUUCCACGCCUCAACUUUAGCGCCUGGCUGACCUUCGAUCAGCAUCCCAUUUGCACUUUGCCCCGGGAGGCUCGGCUGACGUUCGUUCUGUAUGGAAAGCAGGCAGCCAGCGAGGGCGACCCCAACUCGGAGCAAAACGGAGAGCGGAGGCAAGUGACCACGGAGUUGGGUUGGUGCUCUAUCCAGCUGUUUGACUUCAAACGAGUCAUGAUUUGUGGUCCCUAUCUGCUCUCUUUGUGGCCUCCAACCACGGAUAAGAUGUUGGGACCGGCUCCGGCGCGUGGUUGUCAUCCGCAUCCCGAUUUCUGUCCUGUCUUAAGUAUCGAGGUGCCGCCAUACGGAGGCCGCAUUGAGUUUCCCGAGCAUCAGGAGAUCCCCAAGCCUGCGCCACACUAUGACUUUGCUUCGCUCGAUGCCAAUCUGCAGGAGGAGCUGCUAGACACCGCCGAGCUGGGCUACUCGGGAGCGACAGAGCGACGAGAGGUUUUCUGGGAGAAACGCCUGUACCUGCAAAACUAUCCCAACGCACUGCCCAAGGUCUUGCAUGCCGCCCACAGCUGGGACUAUGCGAAUUUGAUUGAUCUGCAUGCGCUCCUGCACUCGUGGGCACCGCUGUCACCACUUCAGGCGCUGGAGCUUCUGCUGCCGCGUUACCCGGAUGCCAAGGUACGUGAAAAGGCCGUCGAGUGGAUCUCCCAAAUGCCCAACGAUCAGCUGGUGGACUUUUUGCCCCAACUGGUGCAGAGUCUUAAGCAUGACACCUACGAAGGCUCAGCGAUGGCUCGCUUCCUGUUGUCCAAAUGCCUAGAGUCGCCGCGCUUUGCCCACUACAUGUACUGGCUAUUGGUGCACAGUUUGCCAGACGAUCCGCACAACUCUAUUGGCGCCGCCAUGGUGGACCAAGACUACGAUGAGUCGCAGGUCACACAGGCACGCUACUACCGUCGGAACAAGAUGAUGCUGCGGGCCCUGAUGGCCAUCUGUGGCGAGAAGAUGUUGCAGCGAUUUAUGUACCAGCAUCGCAUGUGUCAAAAACUUACAACCAUAGCAGAGUCUGUUAAGGAGGCCAAGGAAUCGAUGAGACAAAAGAGUUUAGCCGCAGGAAUGGACGAAGUGCACCAGGAUCUGCUGGAGAAACCCACCUGCCUGCCGCUGGGACCUGAACUGGAGGUGACUGGCGUGAGUGUGCGGAAUUGCAGCUACUUUAACUCGAACACGCUGCCACUGAAGAUUACCUUUGUGGGACCUGAUGCCGAGUCACUGCCGGCGAUCUUUAAGUGCGGAGAUGACCUGCAGCAAGAUCAGUUGACCAUACAAUUGAUUAGGAUCAUGAAUAAAAUGUGGCUGGCCGAGCGAUUGGACCUAAAAAUGGUCACCUUUAACUGUGUGCCAACGGGCUACAAGAGCGGCAUGAUUGAGCUGGUCAACGAGGCGGAGACAUUGCGAAAAAUCCAAGUUGAGUGCGGAUUAACAGGCUCCUUUAAGGAUCGACCCAUUGCCGAGUGGCUGGGCAAGCAGAAUCCCAGUCCGUUGGAGUAUCAGAGUGCAGUGCGAAACUUUACGCUCUCGUGUGCUGGCUACAGCGUGGCCACCUACGUGCUGGGCAUCUGCGAUCGGCACAACGACAACAUUAUGCUGAAGACCUCGGGUCAUUUGUUCCACAUUGACUUUGGCAAGUUUCUGGGCGAUGCGCAGAUGUUUGGCAACUUUAAGAGAGAUCGAACUCCCUUUGUGCUGACCUCUGACAUGGCGUAUGUGAUUAAUGGUGGCGACAAGCCCUCCACUGACUUCCAUUACUUUGUGGACCUGUGCUGCCGGGCCUUCAAUAUUGUCAGGAAGAAUGCGGAUCUACUGCUGCACACUUUAGCCCACAUGGCCACCGCCGGCAUGCCUGGUGUUAAUUCCAAUGCUGUGACUUAUGUGCGCCGUGCCCUGUUGCCUUCACAAUCAAAUCCCGAGGCGGCUGCCACCUUUGCCAAGAUGAUCCAAUCCUCGCUAAAGAGCUGGUUCACGCAAUUCAACUUCUUCCUUCACAAUCUGGCCCAGAUGAGAUUCACCGCCGACGAGGGCACUGGCGAGUUGCUGUCGUUUGUGCCAAGGAAAUACACCAUGCAACAAGAUGGACGCUUGAAGAUUGUAAAGGUGGUGUGCUUCCAGAAGCACUACAGCAUGGAGAAGUUUUAUAUGUACAUUCUGGAAGUGACGCGGCAUGGGCAACCGGUUCCAACGCACUUGUUUCGCUCGUACCGCGAGUUCACCGAGUUCCAUCAGAAGCUAUGCAUGCACUUUCCGCUGGUUAAGCUGCACAGUCUUCCAGCUGGCGUGCAUGUGGGAAGGUCCAAUAUCAAGUCAGUGGCCGAGAAACGACUACCUCUAAUACAGCGAUUCCUGAAAUCACUGUUCGAUGCCUCCGAGGAAAUCGCACACUCCGAGCUUGUGUACACUUUCUUCCAUCCGCUGCUGCGUGACCAGCAGGAGGCCAAACUGGGAAUGCCGAAGAUUAAGGAGGUGAAACGACAACCGUCGCGGGAUAAUCCAAACGAGAUUGGACAAAUUCGACUAUCGCUGCAAUAUCAACGCGGCGUACUUACUGUGAUGAUACACCACGCCAAAGGGCUGCCCAUGCUACAAGGCGGCCAGGAGCCUAACACUUAUGUGAAAUGCUACCUAAAACCGGAUCCCAAAAAGGAGACCAAACGCAAGACCAAAGUGGUGCGCAAGACCUGUGUUCCCAGUUUCAUGGAAACGCUGGAGUACCGAAUGCCCCUGAAUAUUAUUCAAGAGCGGCGAUUGCAGGUUACCGUCUGGUCGCACGACACGCUGCAGGAAAACGAACUGUUGGGUGGCUUCGAGCUGGACCUGUCCAAGCACGAUCUGCGGCAGGAGCUAUGCGAUUGGCAUCGCUUGGGUUCAAUGCCCAGGAAUUGACCACACCGACAAUCAGGCCUAGGAUAAAAGCAAUACUAAUAUACAUUUCUGUGCCUGUCUUCUCUUGAUCGCAAUAAUACUUACUUACUCGACGUGAUUGUACAUUCCAUACGCAUAUAUAUUAUAAAUAACUCAACUGACGGUAGAAGUGUUAUUUCUUUCGAUUUGUGCCUCAAAUGUAUGUGUAAAUAUUCUAUACCCACCUCACAUUCAGCACAUUAUUUUGUUAUUUUAAUGCAACUUUUAAUUAUACAAACUCUAAAUUUCAA